CAUUCGGGCGCCUCCGUGCAUGCGCACUGUUUGUUACUGCAUACGGUUUGCAGCGUAUAAACCCAGAGACGGAUUCUAUACUCCAUAGCUACUGAGUUUGCAUCAUUUAAAACCUAGGGGACCAACUAAGGCAGAGUAAGAGAAUAUGCGACUUGCAAUUCUUGCACUCACUCUGGCUAUGCUACUUGCGGCCUCAUCAGCCCACGUACCUGCGGAAAGGCCCUACUAUCCUGCGCCCAAACCGAUUCGUAUUCAGGCUGAACAACCCACCUAUCCUGUGGCCGAGAAUGAGCAGCAGACCCCAGACUCUUCUGCUAUUCAAAUGGGUCAGAUAAAGUGUAGUUACUCUAACUCCUAGGCCUGUACCCCACUCUAUGAACAAUGCUGGUCACCCUCCGAAUGCUGCAGUAAUAUUUGUGAAGUGGUAGUUUUUUUCAACUAUUGUAUCGAUGAACAUUUCUGGGAC